AUGAGAGGAAUAGAUGUGAUAAUUGACAUAGAUUGCCUAACAGCGAAUAAUGCUAUGCUUGAUUAUGCCAGAAGGGUGGUUUCACUACCGGUGUUGUGUGCAGCCAUGAAAUCCUCAGAACAACCUAAGUUCCUAUUGGUAGUAAGUGUUGAGAAGUUAAUUUGGCAAGGCUAUGAUGCCUAUAUGGUAUUCUUUAUAGCCAGUACGGUGUAUGAUAGUAGAAUUGAGAAGAUUGGGAUAGUAAGUGAGUUCCUUGUGGUGUUUUCAGAAGAAAUGAUUGGAUUACCUCCUGAAAGGGAAGUUGAGUUCUCAAUUGAUUUAGUUCCUAAAACUGAACCAACAUCAAAGGUCCCUUAUGGAAUGUCGUCAUUAGAAUUUGCUAAGUUAAAGAAACAAAUUGAAGAUUUGCUAGAGAAGGGAUUCAUUAGACCAAGUGUAUCACCUUAG